AAUGAUUGAAUUAUUUCAAAAUGAGACAUUGUUGAGUAUGGAGCCCGAAUAUUUCAACACAUCAGCGGAUUGUCCGGCAACCCGACAACAUGACGGCGAUAAGUGGGAAUGUGAUGAAUGUGGUUACUACUCUAGCACGGACGCUCUCAUUUGUGAAGGCUGUUUCUCAAAUCGUCACCAACAGAUAGACAAUCAAAUGGCCACACUGAACCAGACAGGUGUUGAGAACGAGACCCGACUGAUACUGAUAGGAAAGACCGGCACAGGUAAAAGUGCUACCGGAAACAUGAUACUAGGAAAGAAGGCGUUCCAGUCGGCGGUGUCAUGUAGGUCAGUGACAAGGGUAUGUCGGAGGGGGACCAGUCUGCGGUUCGGACGGAUGCUAUCGGUAGUCGACACUCCCGGACUCUUCGACACAGGUCUCGAUAACCAUGAAAUCACCAAGGAGAUUUUAAAGUGUGUGGGGAUGUCCGCCCCUGGACCGCACGCUAUACUUCUUGUAAUUUCGAUCGAUAGGUUCACGAAAGAAGAGUGUGAUGCCGUUCGGAUGCUUCAACAAGCGUUUGGCGAGGAAAUGAACAAGUAUCUCAUCGUGAUAUUCACGCGCAAGGAUGAGCUAGAUAGAUGUUUGAAGACCAAGCACGAUUUGGUUAGCGAAGCUCCACCCGACCUUACAGCCAUUUUAAAAAGCUGUGACUUCCGGUUUUUAGCAUUUAACAACUUUGCUAUAGAGAGAGAAUCAGAACAGCAGGUGCAGGGACUUUUCGAUAUGGUUAAUGAAAUAGUUUCUGCAAACAAAGGAGAAUGCUACACAAGUUGUAUAUUUAGUGAAACGGAACGAAUUAUCAAAGACAGGGAGAAAGAAAUAAAAAAGCAGUUUAAAGAUUCUGCCAGAAUUGCACUUAAAAAAUGUGAAAAUAGACUUGCUCAAGAAUGUGAACCAAGAAUAGACUCGAAUCGCAAGCAACAAGAGUUAUACCGCAAAGAGCUGAAAGAGCUUCAUGAGUUACGAGAUAGCUCAAACAAAUUUCUGGAAAAUGCUACAGAAAGAAAGCAUGUACGCAACCAUAAACCGGUAAUAGAUCGCCCGGCAAGGUCGAACUCACCUAAUUCCAAAGACGAUCUUUAUGAACGGAUGCUCGAUUGCGAAAAACGAUUGAGGAAUCUUCAAACACAAGAAGGACACAUUAUAUCAUCGAUGAAGAUGACAUUUUUAGCAAGGGAACAAGAAAUCAAAAAGAAGCUGGAGAAAUUGAAACUUGAGGUUCGCAACACGGUCAGAGAAGAAAUCGAAAAAGAAGAUCGCAGUGUUCUAAGACGAAUUUGGACACAAGUUACAAGUUUUGGAAAAGGCUUAGUUGAUGGAUUCAAACGGAUUUUCGAGUCAAAAGCAACAUGAAAAACACAUUGUAAAUAAGCACAUAGAAGAAUCACAUGUAACAUUAUACCAAUAUAUACAUAGACAUACAGGUAUAAAUGAAAUAUACGUUACAGACGUGUUUACUAAAAUAAAUAUCGUGGUUCAAUUGGUGUGGUGCAU